AUGACUCAUUUUAAAAGCUACAUAAACGCUAACUACAUCCCAGAAGUUCAGGCUUGUUUGAGUCUCAAAGAUGUGAGUAAAGCCGAGUCCUUCAAUACCGGCUGGCUCUACAUCGCCACUCAGGGCCCUACAAAGCAGACGAGUGGCGACUUUUGGCGUAUGGUGGUGGAGCAGCAUUCACCCAUCAUUGUGAUGCUGACUGGGUGA